CGCCGAAACCUCCAUCCCGAUCUCCACCCGGCCGGGACCCCGACCCGGCCCCGGCCCGGCCAGGCCCACGUCCUCCGGGCCGAUGGACUACUCCUACCUCAAUUCGUACGACUCGUGCGUGGCGGCCAUGGAGGCGUCCGCCUACGGCGACUUCGGCGCCUGCAGCCAGCCUGGCGGCUUCCAGUACAGCCCCUUGCGGCCUACCUUCCCCGCGGCGGGGCCCCCUUGCCCUGCGCUCGGCUCCUCCAACUGUGCGCUUGGCGCCCUACGCGACCACCAGCCCGCGCCCUACUCGGCAGUGCCCUACAAGUUCUUCCCGGAGCCAUCAGGCCUACAUGAGAAGCGCAAGCAGCGGCGCAUCCGCACCACGUUCACGAGCGCACAGCUCAAAGAGCUGGAGCGCGUCUUCGCCGAGACGCACUACCCGGACAUUUACACGCGGGAGGAGCUGGCACUCAAAAUAGACCUCACUGAGGCUCGCGUGCAGGUCUGGUUCCAGAACCGCCGCGCCAAGUUCCGAAAACAAGAGCGCGCAGCCAGCGCCAAGGGCUCGGCGGGCCCGACGGGAGCCAAGAAGGGUGAAGCGCGCUGCUCAUCCGAGGACGACGACUCCAAGGAGUCCACGUGCAGCCCCACGCCCGACAGCACCGCGUCGCUGCCGCCGCCGCCUGCGCCUAGCCUGGCCAGCCCACGUCUGAGCCCCAGCCCGCUGCCCGCUGCGCUGGGCUCCGGGCCAGGACCCGGCCCAGGGCCGCAGCCGCUCAAGGGCGCGCUGUGGGCCGGCGUGGCGGGCGGCGGGGGCGGUGGACCCGGCGGCGGCGCGGCCGAGUUACUGAAGGCCUGGCAGCCAACGGAGCCCGGGCCGGGGCCCUUCUCGGGAGUUCUGUCCUCCUUUCACAGGAAGCCCGGCCCUGCCCUGAAGACCAAUCUCUUCUAGCCGCCAGCCCCCGGAGGCCCCGAGCCUGCCCCCAGACACCCUGCUCCUCCAGGACCCGACAGAAUCCCUCUAUCCCCGCUCCCUGCCUCUAUGCCCUCAUCCGUCCCCACAGCCCACUGUCUGAUCCCAGGUGCGCCCUCCCCAGCUUUGGAAACCAAGUCGGGCCACUCUCGUCCUCCCACCCACACCCAGCAGAGCCGAGUCAUUUUCCCCCGGACCCCGGGGAGAGCCGGAGCCCCUGCUAGCUUGGCUUUCUUUGAAACCAGGAUCAAGUAACACCUGUUCCUCACGUAGUGCCCAAACACAAGGGUUCCUGAGGAGCAGCAAGGUGCCCUCCCCGGGACAUCGCAGCUGGCUGGGUCAUUCCUAACCCUGGUGACCUCGAGCAUCCGCUGCCCCACCCCCAGCCCACCGACACCGCCCCCUACAAGGCGCCAAGGCUGAUUUUUGCCGGGAUGAUCAGCAGCGUGAGGGGCCCCACCGCCCAGCCCUCCCUCCAGGUCCUCCCACCCCUAGCACAGAGGGUGGCCUUGUCGGCAGUGGGGGGCGAGGGUGCUGCGGGGAACAUUUUUUUCCUGAUUUUUUUUUUGUUCUUUUUCU